UGAGACCAGCGGAGCCACCGGGAAGUGGCAGGUUGCUAGAAAAUCCGAGGAGGAGAGCAGAGGAGAGGGGUGGGCCCUCUUAAUGCCAGGUGAUAUCAUAAAUCACAGUCUCUGAAUCUCUGACAGAAGACACAGGCGGAGUGAGGGGGAGGAGAAGCACAGAGAGGACUACUUUGUGUGGAAACAUCUCCCCCCAGCACCAGGCCGUCUCUGCUUUCCACCUGGACGAUGGCCGAGGAAGCAGAAGGGAGAGUCGACCUCUCUCCGACCCCCGGGUCUGAGCAACAGGCUCCGCACUUCCUACAAGAUGUCAUCUUCCACGGAAAGUUUAAGCUGCUGAAGGCACUAACCCCCCAGGAGAGCACCCUGUGCCAACACGGCCUCUUCUUCCUGGACGGUCAGCGACGCGUGGACUACGUCCUCAGCUACCCGUCCAAGAAGCCGACCUCGGGCCGCUCCGGCCGACAGGCGACCCACCUGCUGACCGAAAACGCCGUGGCCCGCAGCCUACGGCGUGGCCCCCACAGCCGCGAGCAGCACACCCCACACCACCACGCACAAGGGGCAAAGGACCCCUCGGGGGCCGAUGUGGAGCUAGGCUGUCCAGCAGAGACCCUCAAUGGCCACGAGGAUCAAAAGAUUCUCCGCAGGGAGGAGUUUGAGGGGAAACUGAGGGACAUGGGGUUGGAGCUGGAGAAAGACGAGGAGACCAAGAUUGCCGGGGUGAGCUUUGUCAAGAUUCAUGCUCCGUGGAACAUCCUCUGUCGAGAGGCGGAGUUGAUGAAGCUGAAGAUGCCCACCAAGAAGGUGUAUGAAGUCAAGCAGUUACGUGGCGUGGUGGAGAAGAUUAGCUCCCUUGUCAGUAAAGUCGUUGAACCUCUCCAUCCUCAAGUUGAGGAACACCAACAGAAGAACAUCAAACACCUGUCACACACUUUCUCCAGAGAGAAACAGCACCUGUUUGAUCUCUCAGACAAAGACUACUUCUUCGACAGCAAAACCAGGAGUUCAAUAGUUUUUGAAAUACUAAAAAGAACAAAAUGCAAGGCCAAGUACAGUAUGGGGAUCACCAGUCUCCUGGGCAAUGGUGUCUACACAGCAGCUUAUCCUCUACAUGACGGAGAUAUUAAUGAGGAGAGCGCUGUCCCCAAUGACAGAAAGCUUUUGUAUGAAGAGUGGGCGAACUAUGGUGUCUUUUACAAGUACCAGCCCAUCGGACUAGUGAGGAAGUACUUUGGUGAGAAAAUCGGCCUGUACUUUGCCUGGUUGGGUCUGUAUACCCAGAUGCUGAUUCCUGCCUCUCUAGUGGGGGUCAUUGUGUUUCUGUACGGAUGUGCAACAGUCGAUGACAACAUACCAAGCAUGGAGAUCUGCAGCACGAGGAACAACAUCACCAUGUGUCCUCUGUGUGACCGCGUGUGCAGCUACUGGAACCUGAGCUCGGCGUGUGCCACCGCGCGGGCCAGCCACCUGUUCGACAACCCCGCCACCGUUUUCUUCUCCAUCUUCAUGGCUCUGUGGGCUGCAAUGUUCAUGGAGCACUGGAAGAGGAGGCAGAUGAGACUGAACUACGAAUGGGACCUAACCGGCUUUGAGGAUGAGGAGGACCACCCGAGGGCCGAGUAUGAGCUCAGGGUCAUGCAGAAGUCUACGAGCAAAGAUCCGAAAGCACAGCACAAGAUUGAAAAGCUCACAUGUCAAGACCGCCUCCCAGCAUACAUGACCAACGUUGUCAUGAUGCUGUUAAUGAUCGGUGUUACGUUUGCCAUUGUGUUUGGCGUGAUCCUCUACCGGAUCUCCACCAAAGCCGCCCUCUACAUGAGCUCCAAUCCAGUCACACGGAGCAACGCACAACUGACGGUCAAAACCACCGCGGCCAUCAUCAACCUGGUGGUCAUCCUCAUACUGGAUGAGGUGUACGGAGCUGUGGCACGAUGGCUCACCGUAUUAGAGGUUCCUAAAACAGACAAAAGCUUUGAGGAACGACUGAUCUUCAAGACCUUCAUUCUCAAGUUUGUCAAUGCAUUCACUCCCAUCAUCUACAUCGCCUUCUUCAGGGGAAGACUGGUUGGCAGACCAGGAAGCUACCUGUAUGUGUUUGAGUCCUAUAGAAUGGAAGAGUGUGCUCAUGGAGGCUGUCUGAUGGAGCUGUGCAUCCAGCUGAGCAUCACCAUGUUGGGAAAGCAGCUAAUUCAGAACAACCUUUUUGAGAUUGGCGUUCCCAAGCUGAAGAAGCUGAUUCGCUACAUUCGGUCAAAGCAAGGGGCUUUUCAGGAAGAAGAGAGACAGAAGAAGCUGCAGAGAUACGAAACCGACCACUUCCUGGAACCGUUUGCUGGCUUAACCCCGGAAUACAUGGAAAUGAUCAUCCAGUUUGGCUUUGUCACGCUGUUCGUGGCGUCCUUCCCCCUGGCUCCGCUCUUUGCUCUGCUCAACAACAUCAUUGAAAUACGACUGGACGCCAAGAAGUUUGUGACUGAGCUGCGAAGGCCGGUGGCAGCGAGAGCCAAAGACAUUGGUAUAUGGUACAACUUACUAAGAGGCGUAGCAAAUGUGGCCGUCAUCAUUAACGCGUUUGUCAUCUCCUUCACCUCAGACUUCAUCCCUCGGAUGGUUUACCAGUACAUGUACAGCCCCGACGGCUCCAUGCACGGAUUUGUGAACAACACGCUGUCCUACUUUAACAUCAGCCACUUCCAGCAGGGCAAAGAGCCCAUGGACCCGCUGUACCUCGGCCACCCUGUCCAGAUGUGCAGGUAUAAGGACUACAGAGACCCCCCCUGGUCAACCACUCCGUAUGAGAUCUCAAAGGAGUUCUGGGCAGUGCUGGCUGUCCGACUGGCUUUUGUCAUUGUUUUCCAGAACGUUGUGAUGCUCAUGAGCGACAUUGUGGACUGGCUGAUACCAGACAUCCCUAAAGACAUCAGCCUCCAGAUCCACAAGGAGAAGAUCCUCCUGGUGGACCUCUUCCUGAAAGAGGAGCAAGGCAAGGCCGGCAAUCUUGAGCGCCGGUCCUGUAUGGAGGGCAAGGAGAACUGGAGCAACAACAACAACAAGCACAGCAGCAGCAGCACGGCUGCUCAGCCCCGCUUGGGUCUGCACACCAACAGCCUCUAACGCUGUUCCAUCCGUGGAGCACAGCCCAUGUGGCCACCCAACCCAAGCUGUGAUUUUUUAUUUUUUGUUCAUAACAUUCCAACAUCCGCCCGAUGCGCGACGAGGUAACAUUUGGGGCCAAAUACGUCGCAAAGUGUCUCAAUUGACACGUUUAGCAUCAUUUGUGAAUGUAUUUGUGAAUGCAUUCACACGUCUGUAAAUUAGCAUGAGGAUUUGAGAAAAUGUAGAAGAAGAAUGCAGGCGUCUGUAACUGAAAAUGAGUCCCACACAAUGUAAAUGCAGAAGAAGGAUUUGUGUUGAAGAGAAGUCUGAUUUGGAACUUGUUCAUUCAUCUCGCCAUAGGCCCUGAUUGGAAACAUGAAAGAGAAGAAAUGUAAAGGGAAAAAUAGGAAUAGUUAUUUCAACAGGUUUAUGCUUGGUCAGAAUCCCUUAGCACCUCUUUUUGGUUGGAUCAUCAGCACUAUGCGAUACAAUGUCAUGGUUUGAGGCCCAGGGAACGAGACACGGGGCAAGUUAUGUGCUCACUGUCUGCACUUGGUUGGCACGUCUCGUCCUCAAUUUGAGACCAAUAGAAGGCCUGCAAAUUUCACAAAAGCUUCACCUGUCUGACAGUGUGAACAGACAGUGUUGAAGAGGUCCGUGUCUGAACAGGAACGCCUUAACAUACAUAUUGCAUGAGGCCUGACACACUUUUCCCAUCAGAAACACUUCUCUUCUACUUUACCGGCUCAAAAAAUUGGUGCUUUCGAAAAUGAAGACAACACAAACAAUUCUCUGUGAACAUCUCCAUGGGUUCAAGAGAAAAUCAUUUCCAUUUCCAACUUUGCUCCACAUUGGCUCCACGCCGUAAUGCAGCGCCUGUAGCUACAUGCUGUGACGUGUACACUGCAAUGUGCACUUUUUUAUGUAACCAAUGGAAAAUGUCUCAUUAUUGUAUCUGCCACUGUAGCUCUGUAUUAGUUCUCUUUUCUUGGUGUUAUACAGCUCUCCUGCCUAAUAAAAUGAGGAGAAUGGGAAUUGUCAUGUAUACUCUAAAUAAAUAUUAUAUUUCUAUAGCA